UCCGACCGUUGAGGACGUGUGAAGAUCCAGUGUCCUGGUGUGUAUAUGCAAAUUUUGCGGUGUUUGAAAAAAAUAAAUAAAAGUUUUACGGUUCCGUAUACUGUAUGUGUUGUUUCUGUGAAAAUUUUUAUUUUUUUUAUUUUUGAAUAAUCCACUAUUGUUACCGAAAUGUUUGCGUUGUAUAAUUGCUGUGGAACCCAUAGGAUGUGGCUGUUAGCUAUUUUCUAUAUCUGCACAUUGCAAUUGGGUUUCUCGAUAUCAUCAGAACCAGGUGAUCCGAAUUUCAGCUCUCCCAUAUCAAAUGUUACGGUGCCGGUCGGCAGAGAAGCAGUAUUGACCUGUAUCGUUCACGAUCUUGUCGCAUUCAAGGUCGCAUUUUUGCGUGUCGAUACACAAACCAUUCUAACGAUUCAAAAUCAUGUAAUCACAAAAAACCACCGAAUCGGCAUCACACAUUCCGACAACCGCAUCUGGCAAUUACGGAUACGUGAUGUGAAAGAAUCAGAUCGGGGAUUUUACAUGUGUCAAAUAAAUACUGAUCCUAUGAAGAGUCAAACCGGAUAUUUGGAUGUUGUAGUUCCGCCAGACAUUUUAGACUAUCAAACCAGUCACGAUAUGAUUGUUCAAGAAGGUGAUAAUGUGACGCUAACAUGUGCGGCAGCAGGAUCACCACUACCAACAAUAGAGUGGCGUCGAGAGAAAGGAAAGCCAUUGCUUUCCGUUGAAAGCAAAGAGAUUUUCAGCGUGAAGGGACCCAGACUAAUUUUGAAACAAGCCAAUCGCCAUCACAUGGGCGCAUACUUGUGUAUAGCGUCUAACGGAGUGCCCCCGUCAAUAAGCAAACGUGUUAUGUUGGUCGUGAACUUUCUCCCUGCCAUUUGGAUUCGAGAAGAAGUGGUUUAUUCAGCUUAUGGACAAAAGGUUCUUUUAGAAUGUGUGACAGAAUCACAUCCAAACUCUGUGAAUUAUUGGCUGCAUAAUAAAGAGUAUGUUCAAGGCGGAACAUACGAAUCGUUAACAAUGGAGAACGUCUACAAAGUAAUAAUGAAAUUGAUUGUACGACCACUGGAUAAGUCUGACUUUGGCGAAUAUAAGUGUGUCGGAAAAAAUGCCCUUGGAGAAUCAGAAAAGACUGUCGUUUUGUAUCACAAAUCGAAAAUGGUUAGUGAUUCAAAUUCCAAUCAACCCGCUAGUCAAAUCGACAAUUCAAUCAAUCGAAGCGAUUGGGAUGUCGAAAACUGUACAACCACACCCUCAGUAUACAAUUUGAAUUUUUUGAUACCGUUUUUAAUUAUCACAUAUUCGUUAUAAUGUUGUGUCAUCUAUUAUCGACAGCGACGAGAAAAAUAACCUCUGACGUACAACAGAUUCGAUAUAAUAUUACUGGUGAUAUAUGCUUGUCGUCUGCGAAAGGUUAACAAAACGAAAAACUAACGGAUGGAGUGGAGAUGGAUGCUCGUGAAAAUCAAUUUUAUACAAAAAAAAAAUUAAACGAAUAGAGCAUAGAGCAUUGAGUACGUAAAUACAAAAUAGGGUAUCGGGUAAUCUGGCACACGGUGCGAAAAAAAUGCACUUUUAAACUACGUAAAAG